GGUCUCUGCUCCCAGCUGGCUGUGCUGCUCCUUCUGCUGGUGCUGCCGACCCCAGCGCAUGGUGCUGAGGAGAGUCAAGACCAGCCAGUGUUCAGCCGUAUCAUCGGGGGGCAGGAUGCACAGGAGGGUCGAUGGCCCUGGCUGCAGGAAUAUGAUGAUGAAAAACGUGAAUACCACCACUGUUGCGGCGGGUCCCUCCUCUCAGCCCAGUGGGUUGUGUCAGCAGCUCUUUGCUUCCUAUUGUGAAUAACUGGGAUGGGUAGGGACCGGUACAAUAGACAGACGUCCUGCCUGGAUCUGUGCCAGGCAAACCUUCUCUGGAUGGCAUCACUGUCUGGCUGUUCCCCAGAUGCCCCACCCCAGAGGUGGCUGCAUCUCAGAAUCAGGUGGACCAUCCUCUUGCGGCGUCCUGGGUGGUUUUCUCCCAGCUGCCCUGCCCCAGAUGUGGCCGCCUCUUACCGUCAGGUGUUCCCUGGACCCAACUGCAUUUUUGCUCAUAUUUGCAAUCCAGUUUCCCCCACUGAUCGUUGCUUUCCCUCUGCUCCCCAGCUGUUUCCCCCAGUCUGC